CUGCCGAGGAGCUUUCGGAUGAGCUCGGACAUUGCAGAGCCUGAUGCUGUCGGGUCUGGGGCGAGCCGCGUGUUGCUCUCUGCUGGCCGUGGCUGAGCACGGGCUGCACUGCCAGGCGCUGGUUGAUUAACCAUCAUUAAGUGGGGCAUCCCCCGAGCCGAGCCGAGCCGCAGCGCAGGGCUGGCUCUGGGUGAUGCUGUCCCCGCUGCGCGGCUGCUGGAAGGCGCUGGCAGCAUGGCAUUCCUCACCAGCACAGCCGGCAGCAGCCUGCGCUGAGCAGGGAGCAGCACUUCCAAUCCGGGAGCUGGUGCGGGGAGCUCGGGAGCAGCUGCAGUCGGCAUCCGAGUGCUGUAAGUCCUAACAAGAAAGAAAUCUCCCAAGACUGAGUCUUUUUCAGUAAAGAUAAAAUGGCAUCAAUGUUGCUUAGUCGACAGCUGACCUGUUGUCUGCAGCAAAAUUCCAGACUUCUGGUAUUUGGACACAGGUAUAUCAGUCAAGCUGCAGCUAAAAUUGAUGUGGAUUUUGAUUAUGAUGGACCUCUGAUGAAAACAGAAGUUCCUGGACCACGAUCUAGAGAAUUAAUGAAGAAGCUGAAUGGCAUUCAGAAUGCAGAAGCUGUGCACUUCUUCUGCAAUUAUGAAGAGAGCAGAGGGAACUACCUCGUAGAUGUAGAUGGCAAUCGUAUGUUGGAUCUCUACUCUCAGAUUUCUUCCAUCCCAAUAGGUUACAGCCAUCCCUCUCUGAUAAAGCUUUUACAGCAGCCACAGAACCUGAGCACUUUCAUCAACAGACCUGCCCUAGGGAUUUUACCUCCAGAGAACUUUACAGAAAAACUGAAGGAGUCUUUGCUAUCAGUGGCUCCUAAGGGUUUGUCACAGGUGAUGACCAUGUCUUGUGGAUCCUGCUCUAAUGAAAAUGCCUUUAAAGCCAUAUUCAUGUGGUACAGAAACAAGGAGAGGGGCCAUAAUAAUGUCACAAAAGAAGAGCUGGAAUCUUGCAUGAUUAACCAGCCCCCUGGCUGCCCUGACUACGCCAUGCUCUCCUUCAUGGGCGGCUUCCACGGCAGGACCCUGGGUUGCUUAGCUACAACUCACUCUAAAGCAAUUCACAAACUGGACAUUCCCUCACUGGACUGGCCUAUUGCUCCAUUUCCAAGGCUAAAGUAUCCCCUGGAAGACUUUGUGAAGGAGAAUCAACAGGAAGAAGCCCGUUGUUUAGAGGAGGUGGAAGACCUGAUUGUGAAGUACAGGAAAAAGAAGAAGAUUGUGGCUGGAAUCAUUGUGGAACCAAUACAGUCGGAGGGUGGGGAUAAUCAUGCUUCAGAUGACUUCUUCAGAAAGCUGAGAGAUAUUGCCAGAAAGCAUGGCUGUGCUUUCCUGGUGGAUGAGGUGCAGACAGGAGGUGGCUGCACAGGAAAAUUCUGGGCACACGAGCACUGGGGCCUGGAUGACCCAGCUGAUGUGGUAACAUUCAGUAAGAAGAUGAUGACAGGAGGAUUUUUCCACAAAGAGGAGUUCAGGCCAAAUGCUCCCUACCGGAUUUUUAACACCUGGCUUGGAGAUCCAUCCAAGAACCUUAUGCUUGCUGAAGUCAUUAAGGUUAUUAAAACAGAAGACCUUCUAAACAAUGCAACCCAUGCUGGGAAAGCACUACUGACUGGGCUGCUGGAUUUGCAGGCUCGUUACCCCCAUCUCAUCAGCAGAGUGAGAGGAAGAGGAACAUUCUGUUCGUUUGACACUCCAAAUGAUGCAACUAGAAACAAGUUAAUUACAAUAGCCAGAAACAAAGGUGUUGUUCUGGGGGGCUGUGGAGACAGAUCCAUCCGUUUUCGUCCAACGCUGAUCUUCAAGGAUCACCACGCACACCUCUUCCUGAACAUUUUCAGUGACAUCUUAGCAAACUUCAAGUAAAAAGCAGUUCCCUUGCACUGAACAGCUGAUUAUGAAAUUAGUUUGCAUUAAUUCAUGUCCUCUCUACUUACAAGCUAAGUGUAAAGUCAUAAACUGAGGUUUGUGUUCUGUCUGUAAUCCUGCCCAAAGCACAUGCGCCCCAGGCAGAGCAUUGGCACUGGUCACCAGCAGGUACCUGCAGUUGUCCCUCACUGUGCAUUCCCUAGAAAAUGUGGCCUGGUGCAUUCCCUAGAACCUCCC